GAAUUGACACUACUGUCACACAAACAAACAUAAUCCAACAUCACAUCACAGCACACAAUUACACACGAUACAGUAGAAAACGGAGCGUGUACAGUUCCGUCAUAUUCCCGGUUUGAAAGCAAGGUUGCUACUAGUUGUUGCGACGCAGGAAGGUGCAGUGAAUGGUGUGUGUUUAGUUGCGAGCCAUAAUAAUAUAUUUAAGUUAAAUAUCAAACCAGCAGAUUUACCGGCCAUGGAGAAACGAAUAGAGCUUGAAAAACGAGGAAGAAAUCCCGCUGAUAUUACAGAAUUUGUACUUGACAAUUGUCGGAGCACAAAUAUUGUAGGACUAACAGAUGAAUUUGUGGCAUUAAAGUCUCUAAGUUUAAUUAAUGUAGGACUAACAAGUCUCAAAGGUUUCCCUGUAUUACCAAAUCUCCGAAAGUUGGAAUUGAGCGAUAAUCGAAUCUCAGGAGGUUUGAAUUUUUUGCUGUCAAGUCCUAAGCUAACUCACCUUAAUCUUAGUGGAAAUAAAAUCAAAGAUCUUGAGACAUUACAGCCAUUAAAAGAAUUCCAAAACCUUAAAAGUUUAGAUUUAUUCAAUAAUGAAGCAACAGAUAUGGAUAAUUAUAGAGAGAAAGUAUUUGGACUUAUUCCUAGUUUAAGAUAUCUUGAUGGUUACGAUAUGGAUGAUUGUGAAAUUGAAGAUAGUGAAGGUAAUGAGGAAGGAAGUGAAGAUGAAGAAGUAAAUGGAAAUGAUGAUGGGGAUGAUGAUGCCAAUGAAGAUGACAGUGAAGGCGAUAGUGAUGAUCGGUCUGAUGAUGAUGAUAAAGACCUCAAUGAAGACGAAGUCUGCUUAGAUAUUAAUGAUAGUGAUGAGGAAGAAUAUGGAGAGGAAGAAGAAGAAGACGAUGAUGAUGAAGAAGAUGAUGUUGAUGAAUAUCAAGAUCGUCAAGAUGCAGAAGACGGUGCUGUUGAAGAAUCAUCACCAGCCCGAGGCAAGAAAAGAAAACACGAAGAUGGAAAUGAGCCUGGGAAUUAAAACCUAGACUUAAGGAUUUGCUAAUAAGUAAUGUUGAAUGAGUGUAAAAUUCGUAUAUAAAUUAAUUAAUUAAUAAUUGCGCCGCCAAGUGAGACUAGCUGGGAAUCAAACUUUAUUGACCGACCAAUGACAAACUACAGUUAGUGAUAUUAAUUACAAAAAUCAUUGACUGAAAGAAAAAAAAAUUAAUAAUUAAAAUAAAAUAACUGUCUGUGGAGUAAUAAAAAAAAAAUAAAUAAAAUGAAUGAAAUACAUAAGGAUGAAGGACGUAAUUGCAAGUAAAAUUGCAAAAACUAAAAUAAAAAAAAAAGUAAUUGAUAAUAUUAUUGACAAUGGAAUGAAAUGUAAGAAUGAAUUGUUUAAGGAUAAAUAGGGGCUGCAUUCUAGCUCGACCCAACACGUUUUAGUUACACUAACGAUAUUUUAUAUAGAGUAUAUAGAUAGAGAAUUAGAAAUGUUGUCAUUACAUUUAAUAGUAAUGUGGAAGUUUGAAUGAUAUGACGCAGAGUUAUGAUGAUAUGAUUAUAAUAUAGACGGGAUUUAAACUCUCGAAGGAGCGUAUUGUCUGUUAGCUCCAGUCGACCAAAGGCUGGUCAUGCUGGAAUGCAGCCGUCGUUAAUCAGUAAAUAAGAUUACAUAAGUUACAUUUUAAAUACAUUAUUAUUUCAACGUGAAAUAAGUAUAAAAAAAAAUAAUUAAAUAAACGAGGAAUCAAUUUUUGUACAGGUUUAAAAAAAAAAGAAAAAAAAAUAACUAAAAAAAAUUAGAUAUCAAUACAAUAAAAAAAAUCGCAUGAAACUAUAUUUUUUUGGGACAGAAAUAAUACCAAUUAAUGGGUGUAAUGUAUUUAAAAUCAUAAACAAUAUUUUAAUUAAUGUUAAAUUAAUAUUUAAAUAAUAAUAUUUUUUAAUUAUAUUUUAUAAAAAUAAUCAUUUUCAUGCACUCAAUGUCCUUUCAAAUGAGCAGCCAUCUCACUUGUACGGUCGUUGUCAUAGUGGUUUUAUUAUUUUUAAAUUUAAUUAUUUAAUAACAAAAUCAUGUCAGCUAUUAUGUGAAUUUAAUUGUUAACUUAUAUUGAACACUAAAGGCUCAAUCUAUCGUUGUUGUUUUAUCUUUUUGUUUUAUAUUAAAUGAAAAGUGAUCUCUAGACCACUUAUGUGCGCCUACCAAAGCGACAAUGAAAUUAUUUUAUUAUUAUUAAUAUAAUAUUUUUUUUUUUAUUGAUUAAUAUUUUGGAAAAAAAAAAAGAAAUUUAUGUAAAUUCAUUCUUGAUAAUUUUAUUUACUAAAAUAUGAAAUCAUUUCGUUGAAUCGAGUAUUGAUAAUUCAAGUGAGUGAAUGCUCUUCCUUAAGAUCAUUAAUUUUUAAUUUUUACGGAAAUAAUUUGUGUAUUUUUUUUUUUUUUUAUUAUUUUGUAUUUUAUUUGAAAGUUAGAAAUAUAUUAAAAUUGACUGACAAUAAAAGUUUGUUAUUUUUAACAGCGAAAAUGUAAGUAUUUAUGUACAAUUUUUUGGUUUAACAAAAAAAUUCUACCUUAAGGUUGUACUGAUAUUUAUAUCAUAUAUUUCUAUAAAAAUAUUCCAGUUGACAUUUAUUAUUUUAAUUAUAUAAUUUAUGAAAGCAUCCAUUUGUUAAAAAUCUUAGUUCCCUGAUGUUAAAUUUAAAUUUUGAAAAUUUAAAAUGAGUUAUCAUCUGUUAUCAAGUUGUUUAUAACUGAGUAAAAUAUGUGACAAUCAAUACGAUCUUUUACGGCUUUAUGGUCUGGUAGGAUUUCAAAUUUUUUUAAAACAAAAAGAUAAUUUUAUUUAAUUUCUGUCCCAAAAAUUUUUAUUGCGCUGAUUCUCUGCUUUGUGAAUGAAGUGUGAGAAAAAAAAUAAAAUUUAUAGUUAUUGUUUUAUAUAGACUAAAAAAUCAUGAAUUUACGGAUGAAUAGUUUAAUAAAUUUAUGAAGCAAUCGGCGCAAAAUAAAAUUAUAUGAGACAGAUGACUUAUUUCACUAGUAAAGACUGCGACUAAUUGACGGUAUUGACUAAAAAAAAAAAAAAAAAAAAAAAAAAAAUAUAAAAUAAAUAAAUAAUGAUAAAACCAAUGAAAUAACUGACUACUCGACUGUAAGAAUGAAUGAACGAUAAGACAAAGUGUGAGAAUGUAGGAGAGAAUUGAUUUUAUAAAAUAAAUGAAAAUAUAAAAAAAAAAAUUAAUAAAAAAUGAUAAAAAUAAUUAUGGUAGACACAAGAAUCUAGUGCACUGUAAAAAACUUUGGUGUAAAAAUGGCUCCCGAAAUUUACACGGCUGUGUAGUGUGAAAUAAUGGUGUAAAUUAUCCAUUCGUGUAAUCAACUUUUUUUACAUUACUCCGCGUUAAUCGUUAUAAUUUUAAUUAAUGAACAACAACCCGUGUAAAAAAAAGUCGUUCAAAAAAUGUCUAUGACGUUUAUAAAUUCAAAAAAUUAAAAAACGAGCGGGAAAUCCUACACCAGUUUAAAAUUGUUCAUUUAAUAAUUUUUUAAAAAUUCUAUCAGUGUUAAGAAUUAUCUUAAUUUCGAAAGUUCACUGUCAGGAACAUUUUUUAGAUAUUUUUCAAACGAAUUUUUUUUUACACAAGAAAUGAUAUUGAAAUUUUUUAACUUAUUAAUCAAUAAUUAUAUUAAUUUUAUUUAGAUAUUAAAUUUUGAACAUUAAAAUAUUUUUCUUAAUGGAAAUUUAUUAUAAAUUACACAUUUAUACGCUCGACAGUGUAAAUUUUAAAUUCACACCGUCGAAAUUUUACACGAUAUUUGGUGUAACUUCCACACCAAAAUUUUUAAACUACACUCAGUCCAAAAAUUUUUUACAGUGUACGUUCUUGCUGCCAGAUUGGUUAUGGCCUUAUCCAAUUUUUCCGAGACUUUGAAAAGCAAAUUUAUAUUAGGUAUCAUUAAUAAUUGAAGUGUACAGUUUCGAAAUCUGUAAACCUCAGAUUGAUUACAGCUUGUGCGGGGAUCAAAACAUGAGAGAAUAAUUAUUAAAAUUAUUUGAUAAUUCCGCACACUGUAAUAUUAAAUAUAUACAACCGUAA